AGCCUGGGGAGCAGUGUACCGCGGUUAGACUCCGGCGCCUGGCGGUCUCACCUGACGCCGCUCUCUUCUAACCCAGUUUCUACCUUUCAGUGCCUGGCAGUCUGAGCCCCUCACUUUUCUGUUUUUGGCUUGCCUAAGGGAAUCAAAAUUCUGACCCAGUUCCCCCAUCACCGAGCCUCUGCCGAAUCCCCGGCACCGUGGAAAUCAAGAUAAAUGGGGGAUGGGGAGGUGGAUUGAGGAAACCACGUGUUUGCAGGCACCAAUGUAGGAGAUCUUGAGCCCCGGAAAGAGGAGAAUAAAGGCUAUCUUGAGUUCUGCGACAGCGGUUCAGAAAACUCCACCAGAUGUCUGCUGUGACGACUUCAGCCAAUGGAGACUUUCAAUGGUUACGAAUGGAGUCGCUGGGAAGUCAUGGGCAAUUGUAAGCCAGCUGAAGAACACUUUCAAGAAAUCAACAAUCACGUCUGUAAGGUAAAAUCUGCCUAGAGAAGGCUGAGAUGGAGAAAGUAUCCUAAACCCUGGGGAUCAAAUGACUGACCUGCAGGGAACUCAGAAAGGAGCCCCCAGAAUCGAGACCCCUAAAGACAAAGGCGGCGCGGAAACUACGGAGACUCGAAAUUAAAGACCCUUCCUGAAAAAGAGGAAACGAGAAAAAAGAGGAGCGAGGCGGACAGAUCUCAGGUAGACAUUGGGAAGGGACAAGAAAGAAGAAGAGAAGCAAAAGAAGGCUUGCAGGAUCGCAGCGGACAAGCAGGAAGUGGAAUGCAUCCGAUUUCAAAGCCAAGCUCCGCAUCCCGCUUCGCAUCCCUGGGUGGAGCCGCCUGUUCUGGGUGUCGUCUCCCCUGGCGUCCUCGUUCCUGCACAGACACGGGCAACUCUUCACCAGAGCGACACCGUGUUGUGUCAAGGUAUCCGGGAGGAGCCUCACUCCUCGCGCUGCACCCUAGAUUCCUCCACCCGGCCUCCCAGCUCUGAGCGCAGGUCAGCCCAGUUAGUUGGUUUCAACCCGCAGGUCGCGGGCUGCGCGAACUGACUGCAAGCUCCUUGGCGCUGCCCCCUCCCGCCCCCCGGGCCGCGGGGCUGCUCUGAUUGGACGUGGCUGCGCCUGGCCGGCCAAUGGUGAGGCGGCGGCAGCUUCCCGGAAGUGGCGGCGCGGCCGGCGGCGGCUGGGGCUUCCGUUGCUCUCUAGGCAGGCGGCCAGUCAGCCCGGGUUGGCGGACGCAAUGAGCUGCUUCGAGGGGCAGAUGGUCGAGUAUCCAACCAUCUCCAUAGACCGCUUCGACCGGGAGAACCUGAGGGCCCGCGCCUACUUCCUGUCCCACUGCCACAAAGAUCACAUGAAAGGAUUAAGAGCCCCUACCUUGAAAAGAAGGUUGGAGUGCAGCUUGAAGGUUUACUUAUACUGUUCGCCUGUUACUAAAGAGCUGUUGUUAACAAGCCCGAGGUACAGAUUUUGGGAGAAACGAAUUAUAUCCAUUGAAAUUGAAACUCCUACCCAGAUAUCUUUAGUCGAUGAAGCAUCAGGCGAGAAGGAAGAGAUUGUUGUGACUCUCUUACCAGCUGGUCAUUGCCCAGGAUCAGUUAUGUUUUUGUUUCAGGGCAACAAUGGGACUGUCUUGUACACGGGAGACUUCAGAUUGGCGAAAGGAGAAGCUGCCAGAGUGGAACCCCUGCACUCCGGGGGCAGAGUGAAAGACAUCCAGAGUGUGUACUUAGACACGACUUUCUGCCAUCCGAAAUAUUACCAAAUUCCUAGUCGGGAGGAGUGUCUGCGUGGGAUCCUGGAGCUGGUUCGCAGCUGGAUCACGCGGAGCCCGUACCACGUGGUGUGGCUGAGCUGCAAGGCUGCCUACGGGUACGAGUAUCUCUUCACCAACCUCAGCGAGGAGUUCGGAGUCCAGGUGCACGUGGAUAAACUAGACAUGUUUCGAAACAUGCCUGACAUCCUUCAUCAUCUCACAACAGACCGUGACACUCAGAUCCAUGCGUGUCGGCAUCCAAAGGCAGAGGAAUAUUUUCAGUGGAAUAAGUUACCCUGUGGCAUUACCUCCAAAAAUAGAAUUCCACUCCACACAAUCAGCAUUAAGCCAUCCACUAUGUGGUUUGGAGAAAGAGCCAGAAAAACCAACGUCAUUGUGAGGACUGGAGAGCGUUCGUACAGAGCCUGCUUUUCUUUUCACUCCUCCUACAGUGAGAUUAAAGAUUUCUUGAGCUACAUCUAUCCUGUGAAUGUAUAUCCAAAUGUCAUUCCGUUAGGCACAACUAUGGGUAAAGUUCAAGAAAUCUUAAAGCCUUUAUGCCGAUCUUCCCAGAGUACCGAGCCGAAGUAUAAACCACUUGGAAAAUUGAAGAGAGCAAGAACAAUCCACCUAGACUCAGAGGACGACGAUGACAGUGAUCUCUUUGAUGACCCUCUGCCAGUACCUUUAAGGCACAAGAUUCCAAGCCAGCAAACUCUUCGCCCUGAGGUAUUGCCCACGACUGCGAUUUCACAAGACCAGCCUCAAAAACGGAGAGAAAGCACGGGGUGCUUCAGUGCAGAGAGUAUGCCAACAACUUUCCUUUGGGCAGACUUUAUAGAUUGUGAGGAAUCCAACAGUGAAAGUGAAGAAUCCGAAAUCCCAGCUUCAGCUCAAGGAGACACGGGUCCUGUCCCCCAGCUCCAGAAGAGGGCUGAUGGGGAAGUACCACAGUGGGAAGUGUUCUUUAAAAGAAGUGCUGACCUCACUGAUGACUGUCUGGAGAACCUCCCGUCCUCCACAGAGGCAGGGGGCUCUCAGUCUCCGAAGCUUUUCAGUGACUCCUCUGAUGGGGAAUCAACUCACAUCUCUUCCCAGACGUCUUCUCAGUCAACACACAUAUCAGAACAAGGAAGUCAAGGCUGGGACAGCCAGUCCGACACUGUUCUGCUAUCUUCCCAAGAGAGAAAUGGGGGUAUGGCCUCCUCGAGCAGACGUGUCUACAGGCCAGGAAUCAAAGACAACACUCUUGCCCCUCAGAUGGAACAAAAUGUACUUUGCCCAAAGGACACAUACUCUGAUUUGAAUAUCAGAGAUCAAGAUGUAAGUAUAGGUUCUAGUGCUGGAGAGACGGCUACUCUGAGCAGCGGGAAGCACACGCCUCAGGAGAAAAGGCCACUAAACCCAAGCAGCAGCGCAGAGUCACCAAGCUCCUCUGAUUUUGAAAUUCCCUCCACUCCAGAAGCCGAGCUACCUACACGAGAGCAUUUACAAUAUUUCUAUGAGAAGUUGGCAACAGGGGAGAGGAUAGUAGUUGAAAAAAGAAAAAGCUCACUUCAUUCUAGAGCAACCACUAAAAAACAUACCAAGAGAUAA